GAAGAGGUUGCGGCGACAGGCUCCCGGCAGCCCCACGCAGACCGCUGCCCACCACCGCCACGGUCGCUGCCCCCGGGUGCCUGUCAGGCCACACGCUGCCAGUCUGACUCUGAGUGCCCACGGCACAGACGCUGCUGCUACAACGGCUGUGCCUAUGCCUGCCUGGAGGCGGUGCCACCGCCACCAGUUCUAGACUGGCUGGUGCAGCCCAAACCACGGUGGCUUGGUGGCAAUGGCUGGCUGCUGGAUGGUCCGGAGGAAGUGUUACAAGCAGAGGCCUGCAGCACCACUGAGGAUGGGGCAGAGCCACUCCUCUGUCCCUCAGGCUAUGAGUGCCACAUCCUGCAGCCAGGGGAUGCGGCCCAGGGCAUACCCAACCAUGGACGGUGUGUUAAGCAACGUCGACAAGCAGAGGGGCGGGUCCUGCGACAGAAGCUUCACAAGGAGUACCCAGAAGGUGACUCCAAGUAUGUGGCAGAGCCUGGGAAGGGACAACAGAGGCACUUUCCGUGAAGUGGAGACUGGCUGCCUUUGUGGGGCCUUUCCUGUGCUUUCCACACACUACCCCUUGGAAACAGCAAAAGAAUUUGACCCUAGACGUCACACUCCAUCCCACAGAACGGGACUCCAGAGCUCCUGGGAAAUGGGACUUCAGACUCCCAACCCCAGAGUGGCCCAGCCUGGUGCGGUAACUUGGCGGAAGCCCCUGACCACCUCUGGGUCCCCGCUCAGCAUCCUUGUCACAGGAACCCGCAGCUUCUAGGUGACUUUUGCAGAUUUUGCCUGCAGAAGGCAUAUACUCAUCUCUUUUGUUCCCCGAAUAAAUCUGCCCACCAUGUAGCAGAAAUAAGUUCCUU